AGUUUUUCUGGAACCUGUAGCUGGCUACUAUUUGCCUGCCUGCCUGACUCACUGACUCCCCGCCUACCUUUCCUUCCUGCCUGCCAGACUUUCUACCUGACUGGCGGACUGUCUGACUUACUCAGAAAAUGUCUCACUACCAUUUCAUCAAAUGUUGUUGUUUCCAGCUAUGUAAUGUCUUUCGUCAGAACAUGGAGAUAGACCAGUGUCUGCUGGAGUCUCUUCCCAUUGGCCAGCGCCAGCGGCUGGUCAGGAGGAUGCGCUGCGACCAAAUUAGGGCUUACUACGAGAGGGAAAAGGCCCUUCAGCGGCAGCAAGGUGGGAUCAAGGUUCGAGCCCCGACCGCCCACCGCAAGAAGCAUCGAGUCCGCUUCAGCCUCGCCGAUGUCAUGCAAGACGCCAUCAUUCACCAUGACGACAAAGAAG